UGAUGAUUCGCAGCUGCUAUUUACUUUUACUGUAUUUAUCACAAAAGAUUUAGUCGAACACACGAGUUACUUUACAGCACGAGCAUGUCUCCUAUUUGUGAAAGUAUCCUGGUGUGAGAGAUUCAGAAACUGUGAUUUCAUUGAAUAAAAACUGAAAUGUUGUGAAUUUUCAGCAGGAAGAAUUUCGGCCAUUGACACCUUCAUCUGACACUGAUUCACAGAGUUCAGUCACAGCUGGCUUCAACCAGACUUUAUUACAGCGAAUCCAGUGUAUGACCCCACCCUACAGUCCCCACAGUGAGCCACUCCAGGGGUCCGGCAGUCCCGCCCAUGAGCUCAGAUGUCAUGCUAUCAGUGUAAUCCGCCACACCUCAGAUGCACUUCCCUCCACAAACACCUUCAGUCCUCCUGCAACAUCAUACAUCAAGUGUUCAUCUGCUAACAAGCACACUCAUUUAAACACCCCCCGCUGUCAGUCCGAUGACCCACGUGACUUAAAACGUACAAAUCCACAGUGUCUAAGUUCUGAAGCACCAUCAGCUCCCCGGCCAGGGUCUGAAAGCGUGCCAUCAAUCUCAGUGUUUCAGAUAAAUCCACUGACGCUCUGCUCUUUGGUUUCCGUCCCUCCUCAGCCAAAUUGCCAACGGUCAGUGGUUUUUGUGCCCGAAGGUUCAGUGAUGGUCGUGGUGCCACAGUCGGCUGCCCCUCAACAAACGUUCACAUCACCUUCAUCAGGUUUGAGGUUUACUGCCAUUGCUCCAGCUCCAGAUGGCAACUCAACUUCAAACAUCUCCGAAGCAUCUCCAUCACGGGCUCGAGACCACGUCUGUGCUCACCCGGACUGUGGGAAAACAUAUUUCAAAAGGUCUCACCUAAAAGCGCACCUGAGAACCCAUACAGGUGAGAAGCCGUUUCGGUGCAGCUGGGAAGGUUGCCCGAGAUGUUUCACCAGAUCUGAUGAACUUUCACGCCACCGUCACACGCACACGGGAGAGAAGCGUUUCGCCUGUCCCGUCUGCCACACUCGCUUUAUGCGCAGCGACCACCUGGCCAAACACGCCAAUCGCCAUCUCACGAGCAGGAGAACACCCGUGUGGCAGAAGGAGUUCAGACGUCUUAACAUCGCCGCUGUCUGUUGUACCCUGCAACCUUUGGCCCCCAAGACUCAGAGCUGACGCAGAUGGAUCUUGAAGAGAACAUUGUAGAAGGACAGUCAUACAGCAUGAGUUGGAUCACAGUGGAAUAAAAGAGAACACGGGUGACUUAAAACUUUUUUUAUUUUAACUUCUCUAAUCAAUGUGAAACACAGCCAAGACAUAACCCAAGGACAAAUGUAGGCCUAUGUUUACUUUAAGAACACUAUUGAAACAUGCAUAAGAUCACGUGGAUGAAGAUCAAAUGAGGUAUAAUGUAUAGCCUCUAUGUAGCGCAGUGGUUACAGCAUGGUGCCAGCAAAACCAAGGACAUUGGUUCGAUCCCAGGAAUUGCACACUUAUAGAAUCUACUGUAUAGUAAUGAAAGUCUUUUUCGGAUAAUAGCGUCUGCCAAAUACAUUAAUGUAAAUGUUUAUAUAAAUGAUGAUGUCAUUUUUGGGGUGUAUUUUACUUAAAUUCUUACAACCAAUUAUAAACAAAACGCAGCGGUGCCAAACCGUUUUGAAUCUUGUAGAACACAUUGCCAGAUAAAUAUCUAAUGCUAUUCAAAGCUCAUGGUGCCUCAAAAAUUGUAAAAACUAAAAUGGCUAAAAUUCAAUCUGACUGAGAUGAGUGUAUGUUGUAUGGGUGUGUCAGUUGAUUUUGUUUUGUAGCAGCUGAAUUAAGCUUCAAGUUCACUUUUGCAUUAAAAAUAUCACUUGGAAAUAAAUACAGAAAUAACCCCACAAAGCCAUUUAAUAACAUUUAUUGACAGCACAACUUGGUCAUGAAAAGGCAAAUAUUGUUAAUUGCCAACAAAGAUUGUACAGUACAUGUUAUGUUGGAACAAUGUUUUAAUCUUUUAAAAUGACCUUCCAGCCAAAGAGCAAUCAUAUACAUGUUUUUGAUCCUUAUAUUAAACCCACUUCUCCUGCCUCACCCAGCAUCACAUGCUCCCACCAUCAACACAUUCUGAGACCAGCCAGCACAAAACACAUCAAUGUUGAUGUAACGCUGUAGGCAUCUUAAAUUCAGGUCCUGCUUCACCUACCGUUCAGAGAAACAGGACUGAAGCAAACCCUAUACCAGCACAUAAACACAAACGCUUCCAAUCUUUUUAAGUUUGUGCAUCGGAACGCUCUCUUGAACACAUGUUGUGUUGCAUUCUUUGUGUCCCUAUACAAUACAAACUAAUGUUUAGGUAAAAGAAUAGAAUCGUUUGAUAAGAACCUUUUCAAAGGAAAUAAAAAUGUAGACAUUUACUUUUUUUAUAACUUUUUCUUUUCUGUGCAUAUCACUCCACAAAUGCACAGAUAUUUAAAAGAAACCAUGACUCUAUUGAAUAUUGAUGCUUGUUACUCGUCAUUAAUUAGCAAAGCAUCUCUGUUUGCAUACUUGGGUCAAGUAUAUUUCUGCCAUACGAUUUCUACGUGUUUUCUGAAAUACAAAGUUUCCAUUGCAGUUUGUCUAUUAAAAAACAUAUUGAUUACUCGA